CCUGCGGGCUGUUGUACAGUGCCAGGCACCGACGCGUCUCCAGGCUUGAGGGACCUGCAGCAGCGCGAUCGAGCAACCUCUAGUCAGUCACUCCAGUCACGCCUCUUGUUAAUUUUCGAGCUGUGCAAUCCGACCGGCCAGCCCUUUGCGCAUCGUCAUCAACCGCACCGACCUAGAUUGCCGUCCUUCUCUGCGGCUACGAGGUCUUGCGCAUUUCGGGACCAAUCGACUUUUCAUUCACCCCAUUUCCUCCAUCCAUCAGUCGUCAGGAUGGCUUCCAUCGAGAGCUUCGACAACAUCUACCUCGACCUCUCCAAGGAGAGCGGCAAGUGUCGAUUUGCCGAGACCGGAUUUGGCUGGAAGCCCGCGAGCGGCGGCGACACCUUCACCCUCGACCAGAGCAACAUUGGCGGCGGCCACUGGAGUCGCGCCUCCAAAGGCUACGAGGUGCGCAUCCUCCAGCGGAACUCGUCCACCAUCAUCCAGCUCGAUGGCUUCGCCCAGGAGGACUAUGAGCGCCUCGCCAAGAUCUUCAAGAACUGGUACAGCGCGCCGCUCGAGAACAAGGAGCAUGCCCUGCGCGGCUGGAACUGGGGCAAGGCCGAGUUCUCAAAGGCCGAGCUCAUCUUCAACGUCCAGAACCGCCCCGCCUUCGAGGUCCCCUACACCGAGAUCGGAAACACCAACCUGGCGGGCCGCAAUGAGGUCGCCGUCGAGAUGACCCUGCCCCUCAAGCCCGAGGACACGGGCACCAACGGCGCCCUGGGCGGCGCCCGCGGCAAGGGCAAGAAGGCCGGCGCCGGCAGGGACCAGCUCGUCGAGAUGCGCUUCUACAUCCCCGGCAUGACCACCAAGAAGGAGACCGAGGGCGACGACGCCGCCAGCGACGCCGACGAGGCCGAGAAGAGCGCCGCCACCCUCUUCUACGACACCCUCAUGGAGAAGGCCGACAUUGGCGACACGGCCGGCGACGCCAUCGCCACCUUCCUCGACGUCCUCCACCUCACCCCCCGCGGCCGCUUCGACAUUGACAUGUACGAGUCGUCCUUCCGCCUGCGCGGCAAGACCUACGACUACAAGAUCCAGUACGAGGCCAUCAAGAAGUUCAUGGUCCUCCCCAAGCCCGACGAGAUGCACUGCAUGCUCUGCAUCGGCCUCGACCCGCCCCUGCGCCAGGGCCAGACCCGCUACCCCUUUGUCGUCAUGCAGUUCAAGAAGGACGAGGAGGUCACCAUUGACCUCAACCUCGAGGACGAGGAGCUCGAGGGCAAGUACAAGGACAAGCUCGUCUCGCACUACGAGGAGCCCCUGCACCACGUCAUGGCCAAGAUCUUCAGGGGCCUCGCCAACAAGAAGAUCUCCUCCCCGGCCAAGGACUUUAUCACCCACCGCAACCAGUACGGCAUCAAGUGCUCCAUCAAGGCCUCCGAGGGCUUCCUCUACUGCCUCGAAAAGGCCUUCAUGUUCGUGCCCAAGCCCGCCACGUACAUUGCCUACGAGCAGACCGCCUCCAUCACCUUCUCCCGCGUGUCGGGCGCCGUCUCGGCCCUGUCCACCUUUGACAUCACCGUCAAGCUCAAAAACGGCGCCGGCUCCUCGCAGUUCAGCAACAUCAACCGCGAGGACCUCAAGGCCCUCGAGGCCUUCUUCAAGCUCAAGGGCAUCCGCGUCAAGAACGAGAUUGACGAGGAGUCCAACAUGCUCGCCGCCGCCAUGCGGGAGCAGGCCAUGGACGAGUCCGACGACGAGAUUGUGGCCGCCAAGGCGGACCGCGGCUCCGCCGACGAGGACGAGGAGAGCGUCGACGAGGACUUUCAGGCCGACAGCGACAGCGACGUGGCCGAGGAGUACGACAGUGCCCACGAUAGUAGCUCUGGGGACUCGGCGAGCGGCAGCGACCAGGGCGAGAGCGACGUCGACGGUGACGAGAUGGACGUCGAUGACGGCGAGGAGGAAGAGGAGCGACCAAAGAAGAAGUCGAAAACCGGUUAAGAUGCUUAUCAAGGGCUGCUGGGGAUGGGAGGAGGGGGAGGUACCUAACUCACUGCUGAUUAAGAGACACGGCGUUCCGGAGGCUAACUAGUCGGGCGGGCAUCAUUGAAUACUUUGGCAUUGGCCACAUCAUACCUUUUUUUUUUUUUAACAACCCUUGAGAACCUUUUUUCAUAAAUGCUCCAAGUGUCGAGCAUCUUGUCCUGUUCAGGAGAAUGGAAAACCCAGAGAAGAGGCAUUGCACGUUGAUACCAGACCACCA